AUGCUAUUAAUAAUACGCGCGCCAGAACCUCUUCCCGACGAUAGUUACAUUAAAGUUGGGACAAUAUUCCACUUUCAUCCGGAGGAUCUAGACAGGUGUGCGAUUUGGCCGUGUAUGAUCCAGGAAGCUCGGGUCUGCGAAACGCUGAUGAAGCACCCUCAUCCGAAUGUGGCGCGCUACUACGGAUACGUUGAGAAGGAUGGAUUGAUGGUUGGAUUGGGUUUUAAGAGAUAUGGACAAACGCUUGGAGAGUCUGUGAAGAAGGGUGUGAUUCUGAAGGAGGAUGUCGAAUCCUCGUUUGAUCAGAUCAAGAAGGGCGUCGAGCACAUUCACCGUCUUGGCUUGGUACACAACAACAUUAAUCCCAGUAACAUUAUGCUCGACGCAGACGGGUCGUUGCUUAUCAUCGGUAGGCGUUGCAUAACGUCGGGCAUUUGA